UGUCAUUCAAGUCCUCUUUAACUUCAAGUCUAGUCAUUUAUCUUUUCUACCAAAUAUUUGGUAUACAAGAGAGUACAAAUCACCAAGUGAUUCAUUGUUUCUUGUGAUUUGAAGUACUACUAUCACAAGAAAGUGAUCGUUGUAUCUUGGGAGACGAUUGUCAAUAAACCGUAAGCACCUAAGCGAGACAAAUUCGUCUUAAGAACACAAAGUCAAACUCUAGUUUCGAUCAACCUUAUUUUAGUGAUUAGGCCAAGGUGGUGAUCCAAUUCCAUGGAAGAGCAGCAAGAAAGGAGGAACGUUGGAGAGAAAGAAGGCGAUCAACCAAGCAGGAACAGUGGCGAAACUGGCCCCGAGCCUAAGGAGCAUAGGAUUGACGUUGAAAUCAAUCCUACGGUGGAAAAUUGGAAUCGUAUCGUCCAAAAAGCAAAAGAAAGGAUUCCAUCUCAAAGUCAAUGGCCAAGGCUACCAAAGGUUCCUCACAUGCUGAGGGGGACCCAGGAUUUCAAGAAAUUGUACGAACCGAGGGUAAUUUCAAUCGGUCCUUACCACCAUGGCAAGCCCCACCUUCACCCAGGGGAAAUGAUCAAGCCUCUAUAUGCCGAACAAUUCCUGGCUGGUAGUAACCAGGACUUCAAAGAUUUGUACACAAAAAUUGAAAGUAAAAUCGAGGCUGUUAGGAAGUGCUAUGUUACCAGACCGACGAACAGGUAUAAUGAUGAGGCACUCACCUGGAUGAUGCUUCUGGAUGGGUUGUUUUUACUACAAUUCAUCCGCAGCAGAGUCGGCGAUGAUAUGAGUAACGUUCUUAGAGAUCACCAAAUAAACUUUGUGAAGCAGGACUUGUUCUUGCUGGAGAACCAGCUUCCCUUUGGAGUCCUCAAGUUGAUUUUUGAGGGAGCAAAUUUCCAGGGUAGUCUACCAAUGGAAAUGAAAAUAAAAGAAUUCAUCACUUGCUUCGGAAUGCCAGAAGGGUCAACAUCACAGCUGAUAGAGGAGAACAAAGAGCCCUCUCAUCUCCUCGACCUUUUGCGAAGUGUUCUCCUAGGCAAGUAUAAAAAGAUUAGCAAGCAAGAACUGGGGAGUCAGCCGGAACAAGAGCAGGAAGCUGAAAAAAGGGAGAGUCGUCGUGGUCUCGAGGAAGAGAUGGGGGGUUCUGGUGCCCAUGGAAAAAAAGGUGAACAACGAGUCAUUUGGAAGUCUUUUCGACACAUCAAGGAGCUUAAAGCUGCCGGGAUCUAUCUCAAACCGAGAAGAACGAGUUUCUUGACAGACAAUUCUUUCAAAUCCCACUUCUUCUAUGGCUGCCUGAAACUUCCCCCAAUAACCAUUGAUGGCUUCACGAAGACCAAGUUCUUGAACAUGGUAGCCUAUGAAAUGUGUCCAGAUGCCCCAGUUGACCAGGCGGUCACUUCUUAUGUAUGCUUCCUUUACGAACUCAUUGAUCAAGCAGACGAUGUCAAGGAGCUGAGAUCUAAGCACAUUCUCCACAACCUUCUUGGCAGCGAUGAAGAUGUGGCCAAAAUUUUCAACAAGAUCGGCAAUGACCUAGUAGAUCCCGGUGCUUAUGGAGAUGUGAAAGCUCGCAUUCAGAAACAGUACGACAAGAGAGUGAAAACUUGGAUAGCUGAAGGCCUUCACGAACAUUUCAGGUCUCCAUGGACUUUCACGGGUUUAAUUGCAGCUGUUUGGAUACUAAUUGUUACUGGCCUUCAGACCUACUACGCUCAUCCCGGUAAACAAAUGAUGCAUAUAUAUAUGGGGUUAUUAGGGGUUCCGAUUUUUCUUUUUCUUGUUUGGUAUAUUGUUUGGCAUAUUGUUCGGCGUCUUUGGGAUUAGACAAAUAAAGAUGUAUAAAUUGUUGAGUUGUAUACUGUGAUGUUUCGAUUUGAGAAAUGGAAGAUUGUAUGAUUAGAUAAAUAAAGAUGU